AUGGUGGGGAAAGCGGAAAAAAGUAGUUGGGAAGCGUCUCUCCCUCUCGAGGGCGUAUAUCCCGCGGUUCCUACCCAGCAGGCUGAAGACAUGUCCAGCCACCCCGAUAAUCCACGUAAUUGGCCAAUUUGGAAAAAGAAUGUUCAAAUCCUAAUGGUCGCUUUUCAUUCGAUGGUGGCGACCUUCAUGGCUGCAGGGAUUAUCCCAGCAUUUGAUUCUAUGGCUGAAGAGUAUGGCGUGACAGUGCCCGAGGCGAGCUAUCUAACAUCGAUACAAGUCCGUAUCCUGGUGUUGGGGCUCACACCGUUCCUUUGGAAACCGAUUACCUGCAUUUACGGUCGAUACCACGUGUCGCUGGUCUCCGUUCUGGGUAGUCUGGCCUGCAAUAUUGGUGGAGCCAGGUGCACAACGUACGGAGCACAGAUGGCGACACGGGUUCUCACUGCGAUACUCAUCUCACCCCCGAUUGGCAUUGGAAGUGGUGUCAUCACUGAGCUCUGUGAGCCUGAAGAAAGAGCACAGAAGCUGGGUUGGUGGACAUUGAUGACCACUCUUGGGACUCCGGCGGGGCCGUUUAUCAUGGGUUUCGUCGCAAAGCAUAUUGGUUUCGAGUGGAUUUAUUGGAUAUAUGUGAUGAUAAACUUCGCGCAGUUCCUCGCUUACCUACUGCUGGGCGAGGAGACGAUGUAUGUCGCCGGGGAUGCUGGCGAUGGGAAGGGUGGUCCCACGAGCAAGUUUAUCCCCCGCCGAAUCGAUCCACGCCCUCUAAAACCUCGCGAGUUCAUAGAGUCGAUCUUCCUGUACCGGUAUCCGCGAAUUUUGAUUCCUACGAUUGCUCAAUGUGUUGUCUUUUGCUAUGCCAAUACGGCCAUCAUCGUUGAGAUGCCCAUCGCCUUUGGCCAAAAGUUUCAUUUCGACGCUCAGCAGAUCGGACUGCAGUAUAUUGCAGUUAUUAUCGGAAGUCUUAUCGGGGAACAAGUGAGCGGGCCUAUGUCAGACUGGUUUAUGAAAGCUCUCAGUCAAAGACGAGGCUACUUCCGACCGGCUGAUCGCUUAUGGCUUUCGUAUAUUGGGUUCGCAACCGUCAUUGCGGGACUCUUGACAUGGGGAUUCCAACUGGACAAUGCCACAUCCUGGAAUGUCACUCCCUGUGUAGGUGCGGCUAUUGCGAGUUUUGGCAAUCAGAUCCUGACCACGAUUCUCAUUUCGUUCGCGGUGGAUUGCUACAAGGAUCAAUCGACCGACAUUGGUGUGUUUGUCAACUUCGUCCGCCACGUUUAUGGUUUUGUAAGACAUAUUCAGACCCUGCGAUAUCAUAUCACCCACGAAGCUAAUAUCGAAUCCUAG